AUGGCACCGACGCAUCACCAAUCAAGUUCUUCAUCGUCUUCAUGCGUGGCGCCAACGCAUCACCAGUCCAGUUCCAGCUCGGAUCAGAACUCUGGCUUGUUGCCUUCAGUCACCAGCGAGCUGCUCCAUGACAUCCAGGCCAGCUUUCAGCAGGAGCUGCGCAACUGCAUCGACCAGUUGAAUGCCCACCAUCAGCAACACAUCCAGGAGAUCAUUCAGCAGAUGCAAGCACAGCACGAGCACCACAUCCAGUGCCUUCAAUUUCAACAUGAGCAAGACAUUCGCAACAUCAUCAGUCAGCUCCGCUACCAGCACCGGUGCGAGCUUUGGGAGUUGAUGCAGGAACUUUGGUGGGCGUGA